AUGCUGCUGAACCACGAGGCCAACCUCCCCCCGCCUGCCAUUCUUCCUGGUACAACAGUCCAGUUUCCCCACGUCCUCGUCGGUGGUGCCACCUUACUUCUCCGCAAUAAUCUGAUGCGGGCAUACCCUGGGGCAGCCCUAUCUGAGGAGAAGGUAUUCAACUACCGCUGGUCAAGAGCCAGGAGGAUCACUGAGAACACUUUUGGGAUUUUGGCGGCGAGAUGGCGAAUCCUUGGACGGCCCCUCAAAUGCUUUCCAAACAAAGCCAUAACAAUUGUGAAGGCCUGUGUGGUGCUGCACAACUACCUCGCCUACACCGAUGAGGGCAACACUGAACCCUGCUGCUACAUCACACCCUCAUUUGUGGAUGUGGACACAGUGGGACAGCUGCAAGAGGGUGAGUGGCGAAGAGUGACUGCAGGAAGCCUGGAGGACCUCGCCCCCUACCAGCUAACCCGUGCAGGGUCCACACGAGCAGCCAGGGCUGUGCGCACAGAUCUGACAACCUUUUUCACCUCUAACAUUGGCAUGGUGGCAUGGCAGUAUGACGUCGUACGGCGAGGACUGCUCAAUCAUGUAGAGCAUUAG